AUGUUGGAGAGGCUGAGCGUUCUAUACGCAAUAUUGCUACGCUUGGCGCUUUCAACUACUGCUGAUUCGCCCCUGGUGGCCGAGACAAAGGUCCACACUGUGCACAUCAUUUAUCAGAAUCAUCUGGAUUUGGGCUAUACGAACUCGCUGACCAAGGUAGUGAACGACUACUUCGACCUUUUCUUUCCGCAAGCUAUCGAAACGGCCAACAAACUGAAAUCCGAGGGUUGGAACUCAUCCUAUGUGUAUACAACGCAACCAUAUCUGAUAAGCUUGUACUUGGAUUGCCCAAAACAUCUUCGUCUAUUGCCGGCCUUGGAACUCUCGUGCCCAAAUGAGACUGAGAUUGCAACGUUCAGGCGAGCUAUUAAGCAGGGAGUGUUUGCAUGGCAUGCUGGAGCCUUCAAUGCGGAAGUGGAGCAGGCGGAACCGUCGUUGUUUCGAUACUUUCUUUCACUUGCCACUUCGCUGGAUGAGGAAUUCGGAACCUCACACUCGGAGGUGCUGAGCCAAAGAGAUGUUCCUGGUCUUACAAUUGCGACAUUGGAUUUAUUAAAUAAAGCGGGCGUGAAGUACGUUUCUUUAGGCAUAAACGGGGGUUCAGCAGGGGUAGGCGUACCUCCCAUCAGUAAAUGGAGAGACCCCACAAGUGGAUCAGAAGUAGUGCUGGCGUACCACAAACACGGCUAUCCUGACAACCCGGGACCCACACCAUCACAACCAGGGGGACUUUCAAGAAAAGACUGCUUGCAGAUCCCAGGACUUGCGCACGUGCUUUGCUGGGGAUUCAAAACGGAUAAUACCGGGUCUCAUACGCUGGCCGACGUGUUUCACGUCGAACGUAUGGCCAGAGCGGCCUUUCCCGAAUCAGAAGUCAUCAAAGCAUCCACAUACGACGGAUUCUUUCGACUUCUCAAUGAAAAGUCUGCGGCGACAGCAACAAAGUCCGAUGCGAAUGAUCGGCUUUCGAGCGUUAGGUUAUCACUAAACCAAAAAACAGACGAUGCCACUACGCUUACUGAUCAUGCCGCCGGGGAAACUGCGGGUGGUUUGCUAACAAUAGGUCCUUCACUCACAGAGACACUUCCCGUCGUAGACCAGGAAAUGGGAGACACUUGGAUAUUCGGUAUUCAGAGUGAUCCAUUGAAGGUCGCAACAUACAGGGCUUUGGCACGUGCGCGGGUAUCCUGCCAAGCAGCAGGUGUUUGUGAUGGUUCUGAUGGUAAAGAUCUUGCAUGGCAUCAUUUUUCGAGAGCGUUGAUAAAGAACUUCGAGCAUACAUGGGGCUUCAGCUGGCUCGCAGCAGGAAAUGCCACAUCGCAUAAAAAUGUGAUCUUCCGGCCUCUAGUAGCAAGUGAGGCAUACAAUCGAAGUGAGAACUUAUGGCAGGAACAAAGAGCUUUCAACAAAUGGGCUGAACGAUUGCUUCCCAGCACGCACCCUCUCCUUCCCUUCGUGGUGAAUGAGUUGAAUCAAUUAAACGAGUUGACGAUCACACCCGAUGUGAACACACCUCCUGAUUCGAACACCGACACGCUAUACACGCUUGUUGAUGGCUUGGAGCUUCCUUCUGAGAUUGUCCACCAAUGUACUACAAGCAACGAAGAAGAAUGGACAUUGAAAUUCUCCGCACUCACCGGAGCGAUAUCCCAUUUAGUCCAUUCCGAAGGAGCCCAUAAUUGGGCAUCAACAGAUGAACCGCUUGCCUUGCUAGUCUACCAAACCUACGAUCAAUACACCAUGGAUCAGACCUGUAAACACUAUAGUCCUGCUGGAUGGUGUUCAAUUGCAAAAGGAGUAGACGAGGAUGCUCAACGGAUGGAUUGGAUGCCUAUCGUUCAGAGAAUAAGUGUGACAACCAGCGAUCUGACGGCAUCUGGGGUUCCCAAUGCUCGAGAGUGCAAGUACGUUGUAGAACUGACAUUUCCGCAGGAGACAAAAGAAUUAUAUGGGGCUCCGGAACGCUCUGUGAUCUCUAUUAAUAUGAAAUCUUCGACUUCGGAGCCGGAAAAGAAGCACGAUUUUUCUCCAGAAAUCGAUGUGCUGGUGCAGAUGGAAGGGAAAAGGUCGACUCGGAAUGCCGAAAGCAUUUCGCUUGUGUUUAAUUUGAAGACACCUAAAGCUCAAUGCGCGACAGUGAACGACGGACAUGUAAAGGGACCAUCAAAGCAAUUGCGUAGGAGUGAGGUUACAGCGAGUCGAAAUGAUCAAUCCGCACAAUGGUACGUUAACAAAUUGGGAAAAGACAUCCCGGUAGUAGGAGUGUUCACAAAUGGAUCCCAUAAUGUACACGGAGUCUGGGAAGGCGCCAGCUUGAAAAGUUCGCAUAGAGCCACAUCUAGAAGGAAGAACCGCCUGCUGCCAGAUAGUCAUAGUUCUUCUGAAACGACAAUCGUGAAAAUUCGUACCCUUGAUACUUCUCUUGCGCUGCCUGCCACGCUUAGCGAUCCCUAUGGAUCAGUCCUUUUCAAUCCGACGACUGCCGGCCUACUUCCCGAAUAUGUAACCGGGAUGGCGUUCAACCUCUACAACAACCUUUGGGACACAAACUAUGUUUUGUACUAUCCAUUUGCUUUAAGCCGCUUAGAUAUGGUCAUGGCGUACCGCUUCAAGCUUGAAUUUAGAUCCGAGGACAGCACUUGAGCAAAUGUCAACUUUUAGUCUGCUGUCCAGGAAAGGAAAUCACCUCCUGGAUUUUUUGUGGGACCUGAUUGUGAUAAUGGCUGAUGAUAAAAGUGUAUGAAC